AUGUUAUUCUUGGUCUUGGCUUGGUAUCUUACGCUUGUUUCCAUCGUUCUUGGGGAGUUGAGAAUUCCGCUACUGGCCGUUCAUAAACCCAAGGUUCGGGAUUUUUCGGGCGAACACGCGUUGGUCUCUUUGACUGAGGGAAGUCAAGGCGCUUCAGCUAAAACAUUCGAAUGGAUCAACCCGGAAGAGAAGAUUGCAAGAUUGAAAGCCAUCGAGAUCUUCAAAAUAUCCGAAAACAACAUCAGACUUAGCCCGGGGCCAACGACAUGGUCACAAAUCACAGACCUACUAGCAAAAUGGAUGGUUAUUCUACCAGAGAAUCGCGAUCUUGUCCAUCUCGUCCAGACAGUUCCAACACAUAAUGAAAGUCUUGAAAGGCUAGUCAAAGCGACACGUGGGGUGGUCCGAUGGUUCUAUGAAGCGGUAGAUCUUUGGGACGAAGGGUCACCAUUGGACAAAACUGUACUCUUGGCACUUGAAACCUUACAAGGAGAUAAUUUGACAGCUUUGGAGCGACUGUGGGUAUUGAGUUUGUCUCGCUUGCUCCAAUCAUAUCUCCCAAGGGGAGAUCUGAAACCUAUCAGGCUGGAUCCAAAUAUGGGACCCGUCUGUCGAGGUGCAUUAGAGCUCUUUUUAACUGAAGGAAUUGAUUUGACACAUGCGAUGGAUGACAAGAUAGAGGUGGUUCCUGCCAGUGAAGGUCAGUAUAUUUCACCAUUCAACUCAAAAAAAUUGGAGAACACAGGGCAACUUAUUUGGACACCUUCCAAAGCCCUAGAAAGAGUUGAACUUAUUGUGAAAAUCAAAAAUCACUUUGAAGAUUUUGAAAAAGACAAUCCAACCGCCAACUUCAUGAAAAUAUAUGACUCAUUACUCCAAACCAAGAGUAAAUCCAUCAAGCGGGAAUUUGUUUGGUUGACCUUGAGAUGUAUGCAGCACAUGGUAGUUGAAACCACUCCAAAAAAGGAAAAAGAAUGUAUCUUUCACAUACUGGAUCAUAUCUCAACGUUCAGUCAGGAAAGCAGGAAGUACAUCCAAGAACAUGUUGCACAGAAGGAUAACUUUGGGGAAAUCUAUCAAUCCAUGUCCAACAAGUUCAGGUACCAAGCUGAGUUACGGCCAAGGGUGAAAAAGUACUUUGCAGGAGAAGACAUAGAUCCCUACAUUGGGAACCUUCUUUUACCUUUUAUAGGACUCACACCAGUCAGUCUGGAUCACAUCAAACAUGUUAUCACUUCUUUGCAUCUUCAACAGUAUGCACUUUCACAUGGACAGGAGGAGUUAUAUGGUCUAGAUCUUGAAAAGGCACAUAAGUAUAAUGAAGACCAUCAUUUUGUUCUUGACACAUUACACAUAGCAAGUCCAUAUGUUGAAGGUAGCAAAGAGUUAUUGGAUAGCAAAUCAGAGGCCCACAGCAAAAGUCUUGAAUUGAACCUUGGAUUGUCUCUCAACUUGCCCAUGGAGAACAGCAAUCAUCUUAGUUUAGCCAUCAAGGACAAAAAUUAUGAUCCAUGUGCCAUUUGUACUGAGGAAUUUUUUCAAGGCCAGAGAGUUAUCCAAUUAACUUGUUUUCACUCUCACAAACUUCAUGCACAGUGUAUGGAUGUAAGCUCAUGA